ACAGAUUACAUUUCUUGAAUGUUCGCCCUGGUUUUCUUUUGAUCACUUAGUUUCACUGUUACAUUUCAAGCCAUUGUAUUCUAACAUUACUGCCACGACGAGGCCGCACUAAUGGGGGAAUUGGCCGUUUAAAUCACUAGAUUUCGAGUGUACUCGGGUGAUGACAGUCCAUAACCUGUACAUAUUCGACCGAAAUGGAAAGUGCCUAUAUUACAACGAAUGGAACCGAAAAAAGCAAGCUGGUAUCUCAAAGGAGGAGGAGUACAAGCUGAUGUACGGCAUGCUGUUUUCUAUCCGCUCCUUCGUCAGUAAAAUGUCUCCUUUGGACUCGAAGGAGGGCUUCCAGUCCUUUCAGACCAGCCGCUAUCGUCUUCACUACUAUGAAACGCCCAGUGGACUCAAGUUUGUCAUGAACACCGAUCUGUCCGUGAGCAAUGCCCGAGAUGCGCUGCUGCACAUCUAUAGCAAUCUGUACGUGGAGAACAUAGUCAAGAACCCGACGUGUGUCCUGGGUAACACGUUGGACAGUGAUCUCUUCAGCACACGACUGGAUGCUUUCAUCAGAGCUCUGCCAUAUUACAACCCACGCACCACUUGACACGUUUCUCAUUUUGCGGGUUCCGAUGGAGGCGGCUGGAUGUUUGAGUCAAGCAUUAAAGUGGUGCGACACUUGUGAA